AUGGAGCUGUGUUGCCUAGAUCUCACGGUGCAGCUCCUGCCAGGGCAGAUUGAUGCCGGAGACUCCGUGGCGCAGAACAGGAAACUGACGUUCACCAUCACCCUCACCAUUGCUCCUAACCUGCCUCAGACUCUGUGUGUGCGUAUCACGGACGCAGACGACCCGCAGGUGCUGCUCACGUCCUGCGUCUCCGCUGCCGACUACCCGGGCCUCAAGGCAGCCCAGGGUUUGCUGGUAGACUUCCAGUCGUUCCCGCAGCAUCUCAUCCAACUGCUGCAGUCCUGCCAGCAGCAACAUGGACAACUGCAACCCAGGAUGGGUGUGGUGCUGAGUGGGUGUGGGGCGGUGCCGGGGCUGCUGGGGGAGACAGCGGGGCCCCCUUCACAGUCUGGUGGUGUGGUGAUGCAGGUGGUGGAGCACAACAGCUUCCGGCGGCUAUGCCAUCUGGCCAUGGCUGUGGCACCGGCCGCCACAGCCACAAAACUGCGCCAUCUCGCCGACUGCCUCAGCCAGCUGCAGGUGUGUGGCAUGUGUGGCGUCUAG